AUGCCUUUUAAGUUCUCGAAAAUACACCUCUAUGCCCUUGAAUCCGCGAAGAUUACAGCUUGUGUCAUAUGUGGUGUAGUUUGUUGCAUCCCAGUAGCAUCAUUCUGGAGCGGCAGAUAUCUGAGCCUAAUAGCCCACUCUGGAAUCAAAUCUCGCAUCAGAGAAGCGAAGUCCCGGAAAAUUGUCAAAAGCUCUCCUCCCAAAAGCUUCCGCGCCUUCAAAUUGUUCAAGUUUCUACCCAAAGAACUACAAUUAGCCAUCUGGAAGUACGCACUCGAUGAUAUCAAGCCUCGAACCGUUAAACUCAAAUUAUAUUGGUGGCAAUACAAAGUAAAUCGGCCUGAAGUUCGAGAAUUUCUAGGUUCUAUCCUUACUGCACGACAUGAAUACAAAGCCAAUAUUCCGACUUUGCUUCAUAUCUGUCAUGAUUCACGAGAAAUCGCCCAAAAGAGAUACAAGCUUAGCUUUGGAAAAUUACUGCAAGGACGACCUGUGUACUUUGAUAUCGAACAGGAUACUCUUUGGGUUGUGGGACGGGACCACUGUCAAGAUUUUCCACUUCGAUUGUUGAGUAUGGACGGCUUUCGAAACUUGAUUGUCACACCUUCACCUGGCAACAUUGACCUUAUUUCUUAUGCUACAUCGACUGAACCACUACAACAGUGGCUCGAUCGACUGGCUGCAGCCUCAAGUGUGGUCAAUAUACGAAUUCAGAUCGUGCUCGAGGAGGUGGAUAGAUUAGAGUACAGUGCGGGCAAUACGAGAGCUGAGCGAUUAUGCGAGAAAGUGCGAAGUCUUGGCAUAAAGAAUUUUCUCCCUACUGUAGAAGUAGUCCGUAGAGAAAGAUUGGAUUUUAGCGGCAGAUUUUAG